AAACAAGGAACAUUCCUCUUCGCAUCAUAACAUCUUAUACCCACGCGCGCACAUCUUCAUUUGUGUAUUUGACAGUUUUUACAAAAUUUUAGGCCACGUUGAUAAUACGGCAGACAGUCUGUCUGUCUGUCUGUCUGUUGAUAACAGGAGAUAAGGAUAACAUCGCAUCUAUCUAUGUCGACGGGCUUGCUGUGUAAUAGGCGAUAACAAACUCCAUGAAAAUCAAAUGCAGCUAUCGGCGCAGUUGCGAUUCAAGUCUUCAUUUAGGGAUCUUAUGUUCAUGUGAAAGGUGCCAAACAUGGCCCAGACUAGACAGAGUCAUGACGAAGCUAUCGAGAAGGAAAAUCAACCCGGGCACCUGUCACAGCCGCCAGUAGCUUCAAUCUCGGUGCCAAACAUGACCCAGACUAGACAGAGUCAUGACGAAGCUAUCGAGAAGGAAAAUCAACCCGAGCACCUGUCACAGCCGCAAGUAGCUUCAAUCUCGAAAAUGGCUGAGCAGCCCAACAUCUACGUUGGUAUGCGCAACUUCAUCCACCAGUUGAUGGACGUCGCCUUGGUGAUGGCGAACGUGUCCCAGCUAAAGACUCUCCUCUCAUUGGAGAACAAGGACAAAUAUUACUACCCCAUAUUCGUCUUCAUUCUAAUGUCCAUCGGUCUACAGGACAUAUUCACGAUCUGCGUGCUGAUGAUCUGGUCCAUAGAGAAGAAACUGGACGAGCACAAGGCCGACCACAACGCCCACAAAAACGACCGCCGACAGCGCCUGAUUGAGGAGCGCCUCGACAAGUUCUGCAAUAUCCUGGUGCUGCUCAUCAUCGUGUCUAACGUAUUCAUAACCGCCUUCGGCGUGGAGCCACGCGGGGGCGGGGACAAUGAGGGCAAAGUUAUGAGUGUUGUUGGUUCUGGCACGCAAAAUGGGACCGACGCGGCCGCUGCGGGGAAAACUUAGGACAUAGGUUGCUGCUGUUGUGUAAUAUUAUUUCUUAUUCAUAUGCAGUUACGAGUUUUUGUUAUGAACAAAUAAAUUCAAAUGCAACGAAGCAAAAGGUCAUUUUGACACUGUAACAUAAAGUAACAGUUAAAUUACAAAUUACGAUAUCGGUUAAUGUACUGUAUUGUGUACUGUUGUUAGUUGGAUUUGGAAAAAUUUGACGUUUAAUCACAAAAUUGUGUCGGACGUUCUUAUGUGUUCAUAGAUGUGUACAUACCCAUUCAAGUAUUCAUUGUAAUGCAGAAUAAAAUAAAUUAUAUGAUUUGAUAAGCAUCAAAUAUACUUGUGCAUGUGUAGAAACCCUAAGUUUUACAUUUACAAAAACUAAUUUAACAAAGGGGGAAAUUCGUGCAUUAAAGACUUUGCGCGGUUACGUUAAAGGGAUCUUUUCACGGUUUGGUAAAUUGACAAAAUUGAAAAAAAAGUUGUUUCAGAUUCGCAAAUUUUCGUUUUAAUUAUGAUAUUUGUGAGGAAACAGUAUUACUGAACAUUUACCAUGGUCUAAAAUAGCCAUUAUAUGCAUCUUUUGACGAUUUAAAAACCUUAAAAUAAUAAAGCGUUGCAACGCGAAACGAUUGAAUAAUUUGGAGAGUUCUGUUGUUGUCGUUUAAAUAUGUGAAACUACGAAGAUUGCUUAUAUAACCUAUAAAAUACGCCUCUUAUGUACGCUUUGCAGGAUAGCUCAGUGGGCUAGUGCGUUUACUCCAGGAUUCCGGGGUCACUAGUUCGAGCCCUGCUAUGGCCUACUUUUGUUUUCCUUUUUUAAAUUUUAUUUUUGAUUUUUUACUGGAGUUUUUAAAAUCCAAUGUUUACAUUUAUCAAUAUAAAGCAUUUAAUGACAAACUUCAAAACACGCAAAAAUCUGUGAAAAGGCCCAUUUAAUGGCAAAAACUUGUAUGUUUGCCCCAUUGCCUAAAAUGGUGAUAAAGAAAACCCGGACAAUCAUUUCGUUUCAUAUUUUCUUAUUCCUUGUAACAUUUUAUUAUAGGUAAAAUUGGUAAUAGAAUUGAUGCUAUGAAUUAAAUUAACCACCUUUCGUAUUUAACUAGGACUUAGUGGCAUGGUAAGCUACCACUGUUAUAAGCACACUUAAAGGGGCCGUCCAAUAGAUAAAGCGUCGUAUCAACGCGAAACGAUAUUUUGUGAAACUACGAGGAUUGCUUAUAUAGCUAAAUCAAAGCGCUGAAGGCACUGUAUGUGUUUGCUGUUGUAUAAGUUUAGACGCAACUCAGUUAUAGCUUUUUAUAUUGCAAGUUUUAAAUGAACACAACCCAUUCAAAUUUAUAAAGAGUGUGUCUUAAAGCACAGGUCCAGAUAUGUUUUGUUUUAAUCACUAAUAAAAAAUAUAAUUUUAGCUUCAUUUUGGGAAAACAGAGCUUAAUGCAUAUACAUACAUUGUCAUCCCAGUACCUGAGACUCUCUUUAAACGAAAACAUUAUAAAAUCAGAAAGGUCGCCCUUGAUUAGCUUGUGCGCAUUGCACAGGCUAAUCAGUAUGCACAGGCUAAUCUUAUUUGACAUGCAUUAAGCCCCGUUUUCCCUGAAAGCAGUCAAUAUGUACAGAUUUCAAUGAUAAACACUAGACUGGCCAAUCUCGUCUUACAAGCUGUUAAACACUAUUAAUCAUAUACACCCACUGCAGUGUACCAGUGGUGAACUAUAAACAUUUGGUUUUCCUAGCAGCCGCUCAUAGCAUUUGUCGUCUGCUGCAACAGGCAGUGGUUGUCUUUCCAUAGCGUAGCCAAGGCUUCUCAGCAUAUACCGAUUUGCAAAAUAUAUAUGCUCUGUAACAUUAAUGUGAGCUAUCGCCAACACUUAAAAUACAUCCGCUCUUAACAUGAGCGUGGAUGGUCGAGUGGACUAGGCGGGAGGCAUUUUACUCCAGGAAACCAGGGGUCAGUGGUUCGAGCCCUGUUGAGGGUUACUUUUUUUACUUUUUUUUAAUUUGUAUUCUUUUUUACUGGCGAUUUUAAGUUCAAAUGUUUAAAUUUAUCAAUAUAAAGCAUUUAAAGCAUUUAAUGACAAGCUUCAAUACAUGCCAAAAUCUGUUGGACGGCCCCUUAAAGUGUCCAACGCAUCUUUAAUAGUUGCGUUCGAUGUUUCGUGUUAGGUAUUAUAAUUCCUACUAGUAGAGGUCGCAGUAGUACGUCAUCAUAUUUUGUUAAUUUAAAUAGCCGUGACUUUUACACGAUUCAACAACCCAUAUGCUAUUUAAAUCGAUGUUUUCACUCAGUUAAAUACGAAUAUGUAUUAAGUUGCACAUAUAUGUCUUAGUUCGUUCACGUUUUAGUCGGUGAAAACUGAUUUCCUUUUGAGGAACACUUACAUUUACCGUGAUUCAUUCACCUCAUAUGCACUCCUUAGAGAUCGCUUCAUGAGAACUAAUUAUGUAUGAACACGAAUUGUAAUAUUGUAUAAGCCUCGCGCUUGGAAAAGCCGACUUAAUGCAUGUGUAGUUUGCGUUAUCAUUCUCAUCAUGUUCUGCUAUCUUUUACCAUAAAACCAAGUACACAUCCGGUUAUUUCUUUACUAUAGCAAGAAACUAAUUUCAAACGUUUGUUUUAUACGGCGAAACGAUGACUAUUGUUUAUUCCUUGUAAAGAUACUGAUAAAAGAAUCGGCCCUAGAUGUAAUGAGUUGAUGAAGUAACUAUGUUUAUUAUAAAUGUCGCUGCGGUUGCUGUUGUAGCAGUAGUAAUUGAAAUUUAAGUAGUGCUGCCGCUUAUCAGUCAUGAAUGUUUAAUGGAACGACACGCAAGUGUACUGAUUGCACGUUUUUCGUUUUCAGCUGACAUUAUGUCCCAUUGUUUUUGUAAAAUUAUUAUGUAAAGCAAAUAAACAAUAUACAUCAGUAAACAAAAGC